UUUUCAUUCUUUACACCGCAUGGUCCAUCUUUCUAGUUGUUCGAGUCACGACACUCGAUGAUCGGCCAAUCAAUGUCGGUAGUGAUUGUGAUACGUGCUUUAAAGUGAUAUUUAACUCUCAGGACUUUAAAGUUUCGUUUCGCCUUAAGAGGAUAGGUGUGGAUAUUGUUUUUCCUUUAUUAGUGACUAGAGGACUAAAACUUUUGAUAUGAAAGUGUUCGAAAUAAGAGGAAUAAGUUUUGGUCAUCAGUGGAGGUGAUUAAGUUUGUUUUGAAGGUGUCGAGUUCUUCAAGAGGACAAUGGAGAUAUGAUUCUUUAAUUCACUAUCCUCAGCAGAUCCUCAUCAGGAAAUUGUCAUCAAAGAUAUCAGUCAUUAGUGUUAUUAGAUCAUCUCUUGAUUUGUAUUAGAGGAAAUUUUGAAAAUUCAUUCCUUAGACGAAAGUAUUCUAGAGGCUAAUAAUAGACAUACGUUGCAUCUUGUAUUAGCGGAAACUAAAUAUUUGAGACAUCAACAAUCACUAUUGUAAAAAUGAGCAUUCAUUAACUUUUGGAACAAGUUUCUCUAAAGUUUGAAUAUAUAAUAUUUGUUGAGGAAUCAUCAAGAAAAAACUGAUUCUAAGAGUUGAAAGUGUAUAGUGGAAGAACUACUUCUAGAAAAAAUUCCUUACAAAACCUAGUGUGGGAUUUAUGUAGGAUUUAUAAUUGGUUGCAUGGUUACCUAUUAAAUGUUUAAAGAUGCAGAGGAAUAAUGAUGGGCAUCUUAUUUGAAGACUUCCGCUUUUGAAAGCUUUGUCCUGGAGGAUGUUUUAUUGAAUAAUGUGAUAGCACCAAAACAAGGACGGAUCAGAAACCAAUGAUGCCACGACCGUCGCGUGAUACUUACGGCGAUCAAAAGCCCCCUUAUUCCUACAUCUCGCUUACGGCGAUGGCAAUAUGGUCAUCAAGAGAUAAGAUGCUACCCCUGGCUGAGAUUUAUAAGUUCAUUGCGGACCGAUUCCCCUAUUAUCGGAAGGACACUCGCAGAUGGCAAAAUUCUCUGCGACACAAUCUUUCCUUUAACGACUGUUUUAUUAAGGUACCCAGAGGUCCCCACAGGCCAGGAAAAGGAGCUUAUUGGGCUCUGCAUCCUGCGGCUCUUUCAAUGUUUGAGAAUGGAUCUCUUCUUCGACGGCGAAAACGCUUUAAGCUUCAUAAACCAGACAAGGAGCUUUUGAAGUCUGAGUUGCAAGCUCUAGCUUCGGCCAUGCCUCCACCUCGACCGGAACCGGCGAGUUCAACGAGUCCUGGCGAAGCGAGUAAUGGACUUAGUGCAGCAAAUCUUCACCGUCUGCGAGAGGAUCUUCUGCGGUGGGAGAUGCAGGAGAGGCGGAUGAUGUUAGCAACCGCAGCGGCUGCAGCGACGGCGACUACCGGUGGCUUCGGCUUCUCGGAGGCAGCAGCGGGCGUCGGUACCGGGACGGACGCAUGUCGAGCCAACAUUCCCUGCACCGGAUACUACCUCCUCUCCCCGGAAGCUCGCCAAAGGCUCGCAAGUGCAGUUCCCGAUAUCGGAAGUGAAGCUGCGAGUCCUUACGAAGCCGCUGCUCUUCUUCAUCCUGGUUCCUGGAGUUUCACCGGCUUCGGAACCACUUCUUACGUUCCCCAGCUGCCAGCUUACCCUCAUUCCUCAUCAACGUCCGACCUACCCGACAGGCGACGAGGAAUUUCAGCCCUGCCAAUGGUCGAAAGCGAGUCUGCAAUGCGAUCAUUAGGAAGGGAUGUGGAACCUUUUACGGAAGGGUCCUAUGAAGUAGGAUAUUACCAUCGAGAACGACCUGGUGAUGAAGAGUCUCCUUCCUCAACUUCUUCGAGGCUGGAUGCUCUCUAUCUAGACACAACUUCACCAACCUUGUCCUCAAACACUUUCGCUUCUAGACUGUCUCCGGUCUUCGAAAAUUCCCCAGGAAAUAUUACUCAUCAAAGAACGCCGAGGACCAGUCCUGGUCUGGAAAUUGUGCCUGUUAGGAACACGAAUAACAGUCCCUCGAAACAGGUGGGAAAGAGGACGAAAAAGCCCUUUACGAUUGAGAAUAUAAUCGCACCCGAUGAAGAGGAAAAAGCCUCGAGAGAGUCAUUUGAGGUCGUUGAAAGGAAAACAACGAACCUGCUGAGUAUGCCCAAACCGCUUUACGCUGCGGGAUAUCCCUUGUCUGGUGUAGUUACGAAUAACGCAAUCCAGAGACCACCUUAUGGAACUACCACGUAAGGUGUUGGAUUUGAUUGUAGAAUAGAAAUUUAUUAUGAAGAUUAAUGAAGAAGUGUGAAGAUUCUAGAAAUGGUGCCCCGAAGUCUGUGUCGAUCUUGUGUUCUUGACAUGUGGCUUGAGAAAUAUUCUUCGAAGUGUUGAAAAAACAAUUUAGAUUUACCGUAAAUCUUAAUGAUAUUUUUUUAUCGUCAAGUAGGAUAAAAGCGAUUUAUGGAGCUGAUCGUUUUUUAUUUGCUUCAGUUAUUUCUAUAAUUUUUAGUUAAUAAAACAUACGUUGAGUAAAAAAAAUUCUGACACUCAACAUAUGUAGCUUUUUUCUGAAUUAAUGAUGAAAAAAAUGGAGACGAUAAAGAAAAUCGAUUUUAAUAUCCCGAUUGUUUAUUAAUGUCGAACUGGAAUUAAUGCAAAGGGUAGUGAUUAUGAUAGAAGUUUUGAAAUAUUAAAAAAAAAUUUUAAUUUAAUUUCCGCAGGUUCAAAUUUCUAACAGUAUGAUGAUUAUUUUAAAAUUUCUGAAGAGUUUUUUUUUAAUAGUUUCUCUUUUCAAGA